UAAAAUUGAAAUAUAAUCAGCUGCUUCAUGUCGUUGGUUUAUCGUUUCGUCUGUAACAUGCAGUGUAAUUUGCCUUCGCUCUCUUCCCAGACCUAGGAACAAAGCAAUGCUGACCAUGACUAAGAGCUUGCCAAACUUUGGCACUUCCCUAUCCUAUUAUGAAAGCCCUAAAAAUAAGGUAAUCUGCGCGGAAUCUCCAAAUUGUUUCAUUUUAUUCGGACAAUCUUCAAGACCAUGUCUGGUCUAUUCAAAUUUCGAGGUUUCUCGUACGAGUGUUGGUCCCUCUGCCCUGCUUGUGAAGACCGCAGACGUCACGAACAUGGAUGUGAAUGCCAAAAUUUGCGAAUUCUGCAAAGUGGGUGAUCUCAAAAGUGCCGUAGAUUUAGUCGGUAGGUCAGCAAAAUCCGAGAUUGAAUUGGAGACUUAUUGUUCUAUUUUGCAGCUGUGUGCUAAGCGUAAGUCUUUGCAAGAUGGUAAACGGGUUCAUUCGAUUAUCUCUUCCAAUGGCAUUGUAAUUGAAGGGAUUUUAGGUGCAAAACUAGUUUUCAUGUAUGUGAACUGUGGAGAUUUAAGAGAAGGGAGACGGAUCUUCGAUCAGAUCCUUAAUGAUAAGGUUUUUCUCUGGAACCUUAUGAUGUAUGAACACGCAAAAAUCGGCAAACAUCGGGAGAGUAUAUAUCUGUUUAAGAAAAUGCAGAACCUGGGCAUUGAAGGGAAUUCUCAUACAUUUUCUUGUAUUAUGAAGUGUCUUGCUGCUUUGGGACAGGUAGGAGAUUGUGAAACGGCACAUGGCUAUGUUUAUAAAUUGGGCCUUGGUUCUCAUAAUAUUGUGGCUAACUCUCUUAUUGCGGCUUACUUUAAAUGCGGGGGAGUUGAGAGUGCACACAAGUUGUUUGAUGAAUUGGAUGACCGAGAUGUUAUCUCAUGGAACUCUAUGAUAAGUGGAUUUGUUCAGAACGGUUUAUCCGAAAAUGCACUCGAGGUUUUCAUUCAGAUGCUGAUUUCAAGGGUUAACGUGGAUUUGGCUACAUUGGUUAACGUUCUAGUAGCUUGUGCAAAUAUUGGUGAACUUUCAUUAGGUAGAGCCCUUCAUGGUUAUGGGGCAAAAUCGUGUUUUGAUAGGGAAAUCAUGUUUAGCAAUACUUUACUAGACAUGUAUUCAAAAUGUGGUGAUUUAGAUGAUGCGAUUCAAGUUUUCAAAAAAAUGGGUCAAAAAACUGUUGUCUCAUGGACUUCAAUGAUAGCUGCUUAUGUGCGAGGAGGCUUAAAUGAUGAUGCUAUUCGGUUAUUCAAUGAAAUGGAAAGUGAACAUGUUAAGCCAGACAGUUAUACGUUGACAAGCAUUCUUCAUGCUUGUGCUUGUAGCAGCUCAUUAGAAAAAGGUAGGGAAGUACACAAAUACAUCAGAAAGAACAUGGGCUUCAACCUCUCUCUCUCUAAUGCUCUAAUGGAUAUGUAUGCAAAAUGUGGAAGCAUGGAGGAAGCUCAUAUGGUCUUUUCUGAAAUUCCACUUAAGGACAUUGUUUCGUGGAACACCAUGAUUGGAGGUUACUCAAAAAAUAGUCUUCCCAAUGAAGCUCUUAGACUUUUCGCUGAUAUGCAAACAGAAUCAAGACCUGAUAGCAUUACGAUGGCUUGUGUCCUUCCAGCUUGUGGAAGCCUAGCAGCUCUUGAGAGAGGCAAAGAGAUACACGGGCACAUCUUGAGAAAUGGAUAUUCUUCUGAUCCUCAUGUUUCCAAUGCACUUCUUGAUAUGUAUGUGAAGUGUGGGUCACUGGUUCUUGCACAAUUGCUCUUCCACAAGAUUCCUGAAAAGGAUCUAAUAUCGUGGACUGUUAUGAUUGCUGGCUAUGGCAUGCACGGGUUUGGAAAUGAAGCAAUUGCUACCUUUAAAGAGAUGAGGAGUUCAGGUAUUGAACCAGAUGAGAUAUCCUUCACUUCCAUACUUUAUGCUUGUAGUCAUUCUGGAUUACUAAACGAAGGAUGGAAAUUUUUCAAUUCCAUGGAAUGUGAGUGCAAUGUUGAGCCCAAGUUGGAACACUAUGCAUGCAUGGUGGAUCUCCUCGCUCGUACUGGAAAACUAUCUGAGGCAUAUAAGUUCAUUGAGAAAAUGCCAAUUAAACCAGACGCUACUAUUUGGGGUGCUUUGCUUUGUGGAUGCAGGAUUCAUCAUGAUGUGGAUCUAGCAGAAAAAGCUGCAGAGCGUGUUUUUGAGCUAGAACCAGAGAACACAGGAUAUUAUGUUCUUCUAGCUAACAUCUACGCAGAGGCAGAAAAAUGGGAAAAAGUGAAAAAGUUGAGGGAGAGGAUUGGUAAAAAGGGACUUAAAAAGAGUCCGGGGUGUAGUUGGAUAGAGGUCAAGGGAAAAUUUAAUAUUUUUGUCGCUGGGAAUGCUUCACACCCUCAAGCUAAAAGGAUAGACUCACUGCUGAAGAAACUCAGAAUAAAAAUGAAGAAUGAAGGGUAUUCUCCAAAUAUGAAGUAUGCCUUGAUAAAUGCAAAUGAUAUGGAGAAAGAAGUGGCUCUAUGUGGGCACAGUGAGAAAUUAGCCAUGGCAUUUGGUAUAUUAAAUUUACCACCUGGAAAGACAAUUAGGGUUACCAAGAAUCUACGAGUUUGUGGUGACUGCCAUGAGAUGGCCAAGUUCAUGUCCAAGACAACCAAGAGGGAGAUUGUCUUAAGAGAUUCUAAUCGGUUUCACCAUUUUAAAGAAGGUAUCUGCUCUUGCAGAGGUUUCUGGUGAAUCAAUGGAGGCAUUCAAUUUAGAGGAGUUAAGGAUGGCCAUACAUAUGUAGAAUUAGAGGCAUGUUACAUGUCCUAUACUUGUGUUGGAAAUGGGAAUGUACUAUGUUCUGUCAAUCAUGGAUGAUCCAUCUAACUUCCACUGGAAAAAGCCUCUGACAGAUUCACAGUGGGGGAGCAUUAUAAUUUUAUGGAAGUCUCAGUUUGCCUUCAGAUUCUGAUUUCCAUCUGAUACGCGACCAUGCUUAUCGAUCUUGACAGGGGAAUCAACUUAAACAUGGUUAAACAAGUGCUAUUGCAAUACUGGGAAAUUGCAUUUUGGCGCAGCGCCUUGAGUUUGAAGCAGGGUUAUAAUAGCAUGUGGAAGCCACGCAAGAGGUUCUCUGAAUGAGCCACCUGAUUUUGUACAUGUCAAGGGCAUCUUAUAAGCAAAAAGCUGUGCAUUAUGAACUUUUCACAGCCACGUCCAUAUUUUGUGUGUGUGUGUGUGUGUGUGUGUUUAAUAGGAAAUAUAACCGCUUCCUCACAGGCCACUAAUGGUUAAUCCCUUUAAUCCACUAAUGUCUUUUUCUUUUUUUUUUUUGGUUUUUUUUUUUACUUUUCUUUCCUUAUUUUCUUCUCAUACCAGGAUGAUAAAAAAGUUGGAUGACCAUUACAAAUUCUUGUUUUCCUUCUUUGUAAACCUAUCCCUAUACCUUCUCAGGUUUUU